UGGCUCCCCAUGCUCUCCCCGUCCCACUGACGGUGGUCCCCACCGCCUCCCCCCCUCCCCGCCCCGCCCAUAUCUCGUCGGCGACCCGCGCCCCCUCCCCGCCCCACCCCACACACGUCUCUCCGGCGGCGAGGGCACCCGGCCGUCUCCGGUUUUCUGGGGCCGCUCGUGGCUGGCGCCGGGAUGGAGCCGGUCGGGGCGCGCCGGUCGCCCGGAUCUCGCCGUCGGGGCGUCGUCUCCCUCAGGGGCAGCCUUUGAACCUCUGAACUUUUGUGUCCUUGGGUCUGCGGUGAUAAGUCAGAGAAAACAAUGGAAGAUUUUCAAGACUGCAACUCCAAGAGCCUUGUUGCUGUUCCUGGUUCUCUGGUUCUGCACCUCUUCAGGCUGUUAGGUCAGCAGGAUAAUUCCUGGCAGAAGUACGCCUUGGCUUACUUUCUCUUGGUCAGGAAUGAGUACUUCCCGAGGGAGCCAAGGAAAAGCUCUGCUGUGAAUGGGCAACUUGUUCCCUGCUGUCAUGGUUCAGAUUUGGGCAGUAAUGAACUGGAAGUGGAGAAGCAGAAUGCUGUUGUCAAGAGCCAAUCAGGAGGUGAUUCCAGUUCCAAUGGAUCAAAUGAUUGUUUCCUUCCAGGCCUUCAUGAUGAUCUGGCUCAAGACUGCCUUGCCUGGACAAGCAGAUCAGACUAUCCCUCACUCUCUUGUCUGAACAAGAAAUUCAAUACGUUGGUUAACGGUGGAUAUCUGUACAAGCUGCGGAGGAAAUAUGGCAUUGUUGAGCAUUGGGUGUAUCUGGCGUGUAGCGCUAUGCCCUGGGAAGCAUUCGAUCCGUCGCGAAACCGAUGGAUGAGGCUCCCAAGAAUGCCAUGUGAUGACUGCUUCUCCUGUGCAGACAAGGAGUCACUUGCUGUUGGGACACAGCUGCUUGUCUUUGGCCGAGAAUAUACAGGCCUUGCUAUUUGGAUGUACAAUUUACUGACACGGCAUUGGUCUCGCUGCACUCCGAUGAAUUUUCCUCGCUGUCUGUUUGCCUCAGGAAGUUCUGGUGAGAUUGCCAUUGUUGCUGGUGGGUGUGAUAGGAAUGGGCAGGUGCUGAGAUCUGUGGAGCUGUACAAUUCAGAGGCUGGCCAGUGGGAGACCUUGCCAGACAUGAACUUGCCCAGGAGACUCUCCUCAGGUUUCUUCAUGGAUGGCAAGUUCUAUGUCAUCGGGGGUGUGACAAGUGAGAGGCAUUCUCUGACUUGUGGAGAGGAAUUCGAUCUCGACACCAGGACAUGGAGAAGAAUCCAUGAUAUGUACCCCGGAGGAACCAGCGCCUCCCAGUCGCCUCCGCUCAUCGCCGUUGUAAAUAACCAGCUCUACGCGGCUGACCAGUCCACAAACGUGGUGAAGAAGUACGACAAGGCAAGCAACACAUGGAACAUAGUGAAGCCCUUGCCUGUGAGAGCGGACUCUUCCAACGGCUGGGGCCUGGCUUUCAAAGGAUGCGGCGAUAGACUGCUGGUCAUCGGCGGCCACAGAGGAGCUCGCGGCGAGGUGAUACUGCUGCAUUCCUGGUGCCCCGAAGAUGGGAACGGCGCCGCCUCCGACUGGGAGGUGCUGUCGGUGAAGGAGCGCGCCGGCGUCUUCGUCUACAACUGUGCAAUAAUGGGGUGCUGAGUUAGCAGCACCUUGGUUUCAGUACAUGCCGCCACUUGUUUAGCAAAACCCACCGAUUCGUUGCUGCCAUUUUAGCUGCUGCCACUUGUUAUAAUGACUUGUAAUUCAGAAAUGACACCCCCUUUUCGCGGAGCUGUCGAUUAAAAUGUCGGGUCGAGAGCAUAGAGAGCAUUCAGUUCAGUUUA